CGCGGCCGUGGUAAUGCAACAAACGAAAGCCCUGGCCGUGGUACUCGUCGAGGUCGGUGGCCUAAAUCAAGUGCCCCCGGUCGUGGAAAUUCCAAUGAUGCAAAUUUCGGCCCAAGGAAUGAUGGUGGGAGAGGACGGGGAAGUGGAUCUAGGUCAACGAUCUCCGUUGGCGGAUUGCCACACCGUCAUAACCACACUACCAAGAGAGGGGGCGACAGGAACUGGACAUCCAGAAACUCUAGUCAGCCUGCUACCACGAACGGCUUCGACAGCUU